AGUCAAGUUUCGCCAUCAAUGUUAUUCUAGAUAUAAACAAUUGAAGUCUUACUUUUUUUAAAAAAAAAAUAAGGUAGUAUACUUUCAAAUGGAUUUCAUUUUUAUCUAUCUUAAAUACUUAUAUAUUUAUUCGCAACUAUUUUGAGACUUGUAGUUUUCAGAUUGUUACAUUGAAGAUAUGUCGAGGAGCAAACUGUUCAAGCCAAUUCAAGUGGGAAAUAUGUUUUUAAACCAUCGUAUCGUACACGCUCCUAUGACUAGACUACGAGCUACUGAUGAUGGAUUCGUUACCGAGUUGAUGACCAAAUAUUAUACUCAAAGGUCAUGUAUCCCAGGAUCGCUAUUAAUUUCAGAUGCAACAUUUGCAGGAGAAAAGUCUGGUGGAUACCCAAAUAAUCCUAGAUGUUUCACGAAAGAACACGCUAAGGCUUGGAUUCCUGUGACGAACGCUAUCCAUCGAAAUAAAUCAUAUAUGUUUAUGCAAUUCUGGCCUCUUCCGGGUGAAAUUAAGGAUGAGUAUAGAAAUGAUAUCCAGAGAUUAAAAGAAAUUGCAUAUAACGACUGCCCUAUGGAUCCAGUUGGCUUGCCUGCUGGUGUCGAGUCCUUCGAUACCGUUCAGGGGAUUAACAUAUACAAGAAAAAAUAUAUGAGCAAACAAGAUAUACAAGAGCAUAUACGGGAUUUUGUCAAUGCAGCUUCUUUAGCCAUCCAUGUGGCGAAGGCAGACGGAGUGGAGCUUCAUCAAGUGAAUGGAUUUUUGCUAGAUCGAUUCGUCCUCGGCGGUUUUGGCAAUCAAUGUGAUCCAAAUUAUCGUGGAUCAGUUGAAAAUCGGUGUCGAUUUGCUCUAGAAGUCAUGGAAGCUGUUGUUCAAGAAAUUGGACAAGACAAGGUUGGAUAUAGAAUCUCACCGUAUUCAGCUUGGAUGGAACAAAUCGACAGUGUAGAGACCCAUAUAUACCUAAUGAAAGAGAUUUCCAGGCGUUUUCCGAAAUUGGCUUAUGUCCAUGCAAUUGAGCCCCGACAAUAUUGGAAUGGUCAUAUGAUGUUGAAGUCCGAGUUGAAUACGUCUUACUUACAGAAUUAUUGGAAAGGACCUUUUAUUACUGCUGGUGGCUAUGAUCCUGGAUCAGCAAAGGAAGCUGCAGACGAGCGAGGUACACUGGUAGCCUUUGGCAGACAAUUCAUUGCCAAUCCAGAUUUGGUAUAUCGUAUUCAGUAUAAUUUGCCUCUAAACCCUUACAACCGCUCUUUAUUUUACGCACCCAAAAAUCCUUUAGGCUACAUUGAUUACCCAUUUAGCCAAGAGUACCUAUAUGCAACGAAAGGAAAAAACAAUAAACACACACAGGUGUAGUCAAAACAUUUUUUUAUCCUUUUAUUUUUUCUUAUCGCCUAUGAAGCUACAUUGUUCCAUGAUUCAUUUUGGCCUUUGUUUAAAAUGGUAUCGAUAUCCAUGAUCCAAUGCCGACACAUAGCAAGUAGCGAACGUAAUUAUUGUGAAAGGAAAAAGCAUACAAAAGAACGACACCCUAUCACUCCAAAAAUUAUCGGGUAUAAUACAAAAGUGAGACAAAGUCCCUCUAAUUCGAAGCAAAAACCUUUUGUAGAUGGAGCUUAUAAGAGGAAAGAUAAGACUCUACCUGAGGGUUUUUGAUGACAUCGUUCACCAUGAAGGAAGGUAACCCGGUCAUUGCUAAAAAUUCGUGAGCCUUAUGAACAGGGUACAAAACAUUAUCGGCACCGCGGCCAUCAAAGAAGUUCCCGAAUUCGUUGAAUGCCUCAAAAGGAGCAUUCCAAGUUGUGGAAAACAUGUAGUGUUUGCCAUGGAGAAGACCACCUUUACCAUAGUUCUUGGUUGGAUUUACACGAGAACGGCCGUCGCUUGCAUAGAGCUUUCCAUAUCCAAUAGUAAAGACUUCGUCGAUGUAUUUCUUUAAUGGCCAAGGAACACCCAUCCACCAUCCAGGGAAUUGAUAGAUGACAACAUCAGACGAAACAAACUUUUCAACCUCCUCUUCAACAUUAUAGCCUUUUGUGACGGUAGUCUCUUGAAUGGAAUGGCCUAAACCUGUCAAGGCCUCUUUGGCAACACUUUGAAGUGUCUCGUUUAAUUUGCCCUGGCUAUGGCCAAAAGGGUGAGAUCCAUUAACAAGCAAAAUUUUCAAACCCAUUUCUUCGUCUAAAAAUUAAAAAUAAGAGCGUAACCGUUAAGUGUAUAGACAAAAUGGCCGACCUAUUUAAGUGUGCGGAAAAUGACUACUUCGUUACUUUGCUUAUUCAGCAGCCGUCUGCUCAAUUUACCAUCAUAAGUAAUUUCAUUCUCUAAAUUAGCCUUUAAUAAAAGCCAAUUUUGGAAAUUUAUCUUCGCUGUUAAGAAGCUUGCGGAUUUCGCAAGAGGAAAAAUAGUCGUAUAGAGAAACUAAGUGAUAAGUUUGCAUGUAGUACUUACUAUGAGAGAAUUUAAAUGACAGAGAUAAAAAAAAAAAAAAUUAAAAAAUGAAAAUUCCAUUGCUAUCGUGGGGAAUGUAGAAAUACAGUAUAUACAAUAUAGCUCGAGAAGGAGCUAAAAAAACAUAAAGGAACUACUAGUCAACAUAUCUACAAAGAAAAAAGAAAGAUUGACAGAAGAAGCGAUGUAGCCAUCUGGCUAUGAAUAUGGAUGAACAAAGGAAUGAAAAAUGAAGGGUAUGAAGAAUGGAGUAAUAGGCGGUUUAAUAGGCAGCAGCAAAAAUAGACUUGACUUCGUCCAGGGUAGGUUGAAUAGGGUUGGUAGCACCACAAGCGUCCUUCAUAGCAUUCUGAGAGAGGUUGUCAAAGUCCUUUUCAAAAACGCCCAAGUCUUUGAGAUAAGGGUUGACGCCCACUUGCUCGUUCAACUUUUGAAUCUUCUCAAUAGCAGCCUGGGCAGUGUGUUCUUCGCAGCCAAGUUGAGCAGCAACGUCGCCCAAACGAGCAGCGGCUCCAGCAUCCUUUGAGUUGAACAAUUGGACGUGAGGAAGAAGAAUGGCAUUGCAAAUACCAUGGGGAAUAUUGUAAAACCCACCAAGUUGGUGAGCCAUAGCAUGAACAUAACCAAGAGAAGCAUUGUUGAAAGCCAUACCACCAAGGAAUUGUGCAUAGGCCAUCUUUUCUCGAGCUUCUUCGUCUUUGCCAUUCUUAACAGCGCGAUUCAGAUAUUGACCAACGAGUUCCAUACACUUAAGGGCGCAGGCAUCGGUAAUUGGGUUGGCAGCGGUGGAAACAUAGGCCUCGACAGCGUGUGUCAAGGCAUCCAUGCCAGUUGCAGCGGUCAAAGAGGGAGGAAGUCCAUACAUAGUUUCGGGAUCGUUGACAGAAAGGCAAGGCAUAGUGUGCUUGUCAAUAAUCGACAUUUUUAUAUGACGAGUUUCUUCAGUGAUAAUAGCGAACCGGGUCAUUUCGCUGGCAGUUCCAGCGGUAGUGUUGAUGGAAACCAAAGGAAGUUGAGGCUUUAGCGACUUAUCAACGCCUUCAUAGUCAGCAAUUUUACCACCGUUGGUAGCAAGCAAAGCAAUACCCUUGGCGCAAUCAUGAGCCGAACCACCACCGAUGGACACUAUGGAGUCACAGCCGAAUUCCUUAAUGAGUUUUAAUCCAUCCUUAACAUUGGUGACAGUGGGGUUGGGCUGUACACCAUUGUAAAUAUAAACAGUAGAACCCCUUUCUUCCAAAAGCCCCUUAACUUUAUCGCAAAGACCGAUUUUAAUGAUGCCAGGAUCAGUAACAAUUAAUAUUUUUUUGUAACCACUCAUCUUUAUUUGAUUAGCGGCUUCGUUAAGACUACCUUUGCCAAACAAGUUAAAUGAAGGAAUGUAAAACGCGCUGACAGAAGAAGAUCUGGUAGGAGUACUAGUGGAAAAUAAAUUGUAAUUCGAAGCUGCGAAAAAUCUUCUGCUAAAUUCAGAGCGACAUGAUUUCCAAGGCGAGGAGCGUCUACAACAAACAGAAGACGCUGCCGUGGAACUAAAGUGAACAGAGCGAACGUUCUGGCUCAACAAAGGUUGGGCACGAGAAAUCCAACGAUUAAUGAGCAUAAUGGGAACGAAGGACAAUGUUUCAAAUGUCUUUUUUUUUUCAAUAAUAAAUGAUUUAAUCUAUAGACCUGGGUCUUUUUGAGCAAUGAUUCUAGCUAAUAAAUAACAAUCAAAGGAGCUAACAAAAAUGCAACAACAUAAAAAUACUUUUUUUGCUUACUUUUGCGAUUUCUUUUGAUUGAUCAGAUUUGCUUUUAAAUGGAAACCAAAGUUUAAAAAGCACCAAUCAGAUAUAUAAGGAUUCUCAAAUAUGAAAGGUAUAUGGCUAAAGAUAUCGAUGCUAUCGUGGAGAGUAAAUUUAAAUCUUUUUUUUCCUAUGAUUUGCCUACUCAGAGGCGGAGAGUGAAAUGCGUGGAUAAAAUUUUUCCUCGGUUCGCUAAACUUGAUCCAAUCAUACGGCAGGAAACACAUCAGCACAUACGUAGUGCAAGAUUAUAUAAAAUGAUUUGCGAGCCUUGCAGAUCAUUUUCCGUUGAAGAAGGAAGCUGUAGUCUUAAAACAAAAUUCUUGGAAGGAGGACCAUUCGUAAGAAAAUUAAUGAAAAAUUACUUUUUAAUUUAUACGAAAAAUUCCCAAUUUAGCUCUCAACCAGAAUAAGGUCGAGCUUUUUUUUUUUUUCUAAGAUCGACGCACAUUCUUUGCUUACAGUGCGGGACAAUUACUUUGCUAUUACACAAGACACGACGAUCAUCAAAUGUCCGAGAGUAGAUAAUCUUGAUAUGAAAAACGAAUUCUCUUUUCCCUCAAGAUUAUAUCGGUCCUUGAACAAGUCGAUUGCACCGUAAAACCUUUGUAGUAUAAUAUAUUACUAUAUCAAAAUAUUU